AUGUCCAGCAACAAUGCGCCCUCGAGCGCGCAACCCCACUCCGCCAUCACCGCAGAAGAGAACGACGCAACAGAGUCGCCCAACCGCCCUCAACCCGCCAUAAACACAGCAUCCCAGAAACGGCCCAAUGCAUUCACAGAACUCAUGUCGCAUGCGAAGAAACCCAAGUCCACAUCUCGACCCCCAGACACUCCCAAGAAAGCCGCCGUCUCCAAACCAUGGGACCCCCGCAACGGCCUGGGCCUGUACAUUGAGAACGCCGCCGCGAAUCCCGAAGGCCGAGUCUUGGAGUACGACGAAGAUUUCGUCGUGAUAACCGACAAGUACCCCAAAGCAAGCGUACAUCUACUGCUUCUACCGCGGAAACAAACGUACUACUCGCAGCACCCGCUGCACGUCCUGUCGACGGAUACUGCUUUCCUAGCUACCGUGCGAGCGCGGGUAGCCCGACUCGUGGAUCUCGCAGCGGACGAACUGCGCCGGCUAUACGGCGAGCAUAGUGUUUCGGAUGCGCCGUAUAACGCUGCGCUGGAGCCACUCAUGUCGGGACCAGAUCCUCCGCUGUCAGCUGAGCAACGCGCUGCACUGCUACCGGCAGGUCGUGACUGGAAAAAAGAUAUCGUUGCGGGCGUGCAUACGCAUCCUUCCAUGAACCACAUGCACGUGCACAUCUUCAGCCGGGACAUGUACUCUGCGUGCAUGAAGCGCAAGAAGCAUUACCUUAGUUUCAACUCGAGUUUCCUGGUGCGUUUGGACGAGUUUCCCCUCGAGCCCGGAAGCGCGAGGUUUCACCCGGGCGCGUGGCCCAGCUGGGACAUGAAGUGUUGGCGGUGCGGACAGAACUUCAAGAACCAGUUUGCGGCGCUGAAGCUGCACUUGGAAGACGAGUUUGAGCAAUGGAAGAAGGAGUGA